GUGCCAUUUUCCAAAUCAGGGAAAGGUUUCUAACGGUAGCCUCACAGGGAGCUGUGAGAGUUGUGACAUUUCCAAGCCUCUGCUACUGUAGUAGCUGCUCAUUUGAGGUUUAUCUUCGCCAUGCUGACGUCCAAAUCGCAGUUUCGUUGCAAUGCUUUUGAUAGUUGUCUGGAGAGAAUGACCAGAGAGAACAGCAGGUAACCCAGGCCAUUCAUGCAAAAUGCUUAGGUGUGAUACUUGUGCUGGCAAAGGGAUGGGGAAGAAUGAACCCAAAGACCAACUCUUCUUCGUGGAGGGGUGAAGGAAAUCAAUUCAUAGCUUUUCUUCUGGAAGCAUGUGGAAUUUAUUGCUUAUCAAACCAAUGAUGGCUGCAGUGUUUUUAGUUAUGGAAGAAAUUGGAUGAGAGGGAUGGUGGGGGCUGUUGGAAAAUGAAACUCUGACAGGUAAUUCCCAAUUCCGUGCCCUCCUCAGGUCCCCGAGCAAAAUGGGAAAUGGUUCCGUGAAACCCAAGCAUUCUAAGAACCCAGAUGGCCACUCUGGGAACUUCACUAUCGAUGCCCUGCGGAGCAAGGUGACAGAGCUGGAGAGAGAGCUGAGGAGGAAGGAUGUUGAGAUCCAGGAGCGGGAGUACCAUCUGAAGGAGCUGCGGGAACAGCUGUCGAAACAGACCGUGGCCAUUGCCGAGCUCACCGAGGAGCUCCAGAACAAGUGCAUCCAGCUGAACAAGCUUCAGGAUGUGGUGCUUAUGCAGGGAGGAAGCCUGCCUCAGGCCUCUCCAGAUAAAGUGCCUCUCGAGGUCCACCGGAAGACCUCAGGGUUGGUCUCUCUCCAUAGCCGGAGGGGAGCAAAGGCUGGGGUGUCUGCUGAGCCAACAACUCGAACCUACGACCUCAACAAGCCCCCUGAAUUUUCCUUUGAGAAAGCAAGAGUCAGAAAGGACUCCAGUGAGAAGAAGCUCAUUACAGAUGCCCUUAAUAAGAAUCAGUUUCUGAAGAGACUGGAUCCUCAGCAGAUCAAAGACAUGGUGGAGUGCAUGUAUGGAAGGAACUACCAGCAAGGGAGUUACAUUAUUAAGCAAGGAGAACCAGGAAACCAUAUCUUUGUGCUGGCAGAGGGCCAAAUAGAGGUGUUUCAAGGGGAGAAGUUGCUGUCCUCCAUCCCUAUGUGGACCACGUUUGGGGAACUAGCCAUCUUAUACAACUGUACAAGGACCGCCUCUGUGAAAGCUAUUACCAAUGUUAAAACUUGGGCACUAGAUCGAGAGGUAUUCCAGAAUAUAAUGAGAAGGACAGCUCAAGCCAGAGAUGAACAGUACAGAAACUUCCUCAGAAGUGUAUCCUUGCUGAAGAAUUUACCUGAGGAUAAAUUAACCAAGAUCAUUGACUGCUUGGAAGUGGAAUACUACGACAAAGGAGAUUACAUCAUUAGAGAGGGGGAGGAAGGAAGUACCUUUUACAUUUUAGCAAAAGGAAAGGUGAAAGUCACACAGAGUACAGAAGGCCAUGAGCAGCCACAACUGAUAAAAGUAUUACAGAAAGGAGAAUACUUUGGAGAAAAAGCUCUUAUCAGUGAUGAUGUCAGGUCAGCUAACAUUAUUGCUGAAGAAAAUGAUGUCGCGUGCCUGGUUAUUGACCGAGAAACAUUCAACCAAACGGUGGGGACAUUUGAAGAACUCCAAAAAUACCUUGAGGGGUAUGUGGCAAACUUGAACCGUGAUGAUGAAAAAAGACAUGCGAAGAGGUCCAUGUCUAACUGGAAGCUGUCCAAAGCACUCUCUCUGGAGAUGAUUCAGCUGAAGGAGAAGGUGGCCAGAUUUUCCUCAUCAUCCCCAUUCCAGAACCUUGAGAUUAUUGCAACACUGGGCGUUGGUGGGUUCGGAAGAGUUGAGCUUGUUAAAGUGAAAAAUGAGAAUGUUGCCUUUGCUAUGAAGUGUAUAAGGAAGAGACACAUAGUUGACACUAAGCAGCAAGAACAUGUCUAUUCAGAGAAGAGGAUCCUGGAAGAGUUGUGUUCUCCAUUCAUCGUAAAAUUAUAUCGUACUUUCAAGGACAAUAAGUAUGUAUACAUGCUUCUGGAGGCCUGCUUAGGUGGGGAGCUAUGGAGUAUAUUAAGGGACAGGGGCAGCUUUGAUGAACCCACUUCCAAGUUCUGUGUAGCUUGUGUCACAGAAGCAUUUGAUUACCUGCAUCAACUAGGUAUUAUCUACAGAGACCUGAAACCAGAAAAUUUAAUUCUAGAUGCAGAGGGUUACCUUAAAUUGGUUGACUUCGGGUUUGCAAAGAAAAUAGGAUCUGGACAGAAAACGUGGACAUUCUGUGGGACCCCAGAGUAUGUAGCUCCUGAAGUCAUUCUCAACAAAGGACAUGACUUCAGUGUGGAUUUUUGGUCCCUAGGGAUUCUUGUUUAUGAGCUUCUCACUGGCAACCCACCCUUUUCUGGGAUUGACCAAAUGAUGACCUACAAUUUGAUUCUCAAAGGGAUUGAAAAAAUGGAUUUUCCCAGAAAGAUAACAAGACGACCUGAGGAUUUGAUUCGGAGACUUUGCAGGCAAAAUCCAACAGAACGACUGGGAAAUCUGAAGAACGGCAUCAAUGACAUUAAGAAACACAGGUGGCUAAAUGGUUUUAAUUGGGAAGGACUGAAAGCACGGAACCUUCCAUCACCUUUAAAAAGAGAGCUCAGUGGACCCACAGAUCACAGCUACUUUGACAAGUAUCCCCCUGAAAAGGGUAUACCUCCAGAUGAGCUGUCAGGCUGGGAUAAAGACUUCUGACGGAAGCCAAGAUGAUUACUGCAUAUUCGCUAUGGAAGAGGACUGUAUGGAUCAAUAAUCCAACUGUGAUGAUUUCCCACUUUGGAAUAUUACAAUAGCUUUUGGAAAACCAUUAGGGGAAAAUAAAUCCCUGUCCAUGAGUUGAGGGUGGUUCUGAAUAAUGGCCCAGCUAGAUGUUGUUAAUUAUUCAUAUGUUCCAUUUUUUGUUUUUCUCAAAUGUUGGUGGUUAUCACACUCCCCUCCCCACAGUCAGCACAAUUUUCAUCGAAGAGGCAUAGUUUUCUCUGUAUUCUAUCGCUCCAUCUCAGUCAUAUGCCUUUCCCUUGAGUCCUAGUAAAGUUUAAAAAGGUCUUGCUUUUGAGCAUCUAAGUCAUGCACAUAGAAGGAAGAAUAGGGGUGAAUUUUGGAAGGUUUCCCCAGCUCUCAAAACUCCAAGUAAGCAUUAUGGAAUUUUAAAAUAGUGGCUUGCCAAAAUCUUAGCAGUAAAUAGAGGCUCUUGACUUUCACCUGCAUUCUACCUAGAAAUGUGCUCAUAUCAUCCUAUCCCCAGACACAUGGGGAAAGGGGUACCUGUUCCUAAAGUAAAUGAGUUAAUUAUUUCAACCAAGUAAUUAUAUGCUAUUGGAGAAUUUAGGGGAAAAAUACUUUUUCAUUCUCCUGUGACCAUCUGUGAUACCUCAAAGACUUUUCCAAAACCUCGUUAAAGGUGGUUAUGAUGUGUAGUUAAAUAAUGAGACUUUGGAAAGGUUUUAACUGAUAUACUAAAUCUUUCCCAAACAAGUAGACCACACGGAGGAGUAAAUUAUGAAAGCUUUUUCUUCCCAUUAAAUAUGGAGUAGAAUGAAUUUUAAGAGGUAAACUUGCUGACUCUUUGAAACUCUGAGAUAUUUUGCCCAAUUCUGUGAUUGUUGUUAUUAAUAAACCAAAGGAGUUUAGAAUAGCCACAGUUAAUUUUUAAUGAAAACCCCACUGGUGAAUGUUGAUGCACUAUAAUCACUGCUGAGUUAAGAGCUCCUUUUUUAAGACAUUUGAGUCAUGACUGUGUUUAUAGUUUUAGAUUGCCAAGACAGGCAAGCUGCUGGGGAAAUCUGGAGAAAUGAUAGGAAGUAAAAGGUCAGCUAGUAUCUGCCUUCCUCCUGGCUCCUUGCAGUCUUUCAGAAUGAAGAAUAGGGUAGUUUCAACAGUACUGGGAGCCAGUACCUAAGAACUUUACUAGUGGGUUUUU